UAAAACCUAGUACAUAUAUAUUUGAUCAUGAACUUGCAAGUAACAUUUGUUUGUUGCAGAUAGUACGCGCAAUAAAUAUAUAGAUCUAUAGGGUCAUUUUUUAGCACGUUAUGACGUUUAUCUUAUUGACGCAUUUACCAACAGGUCAUCGUUAUUUAUAGGAAUUAUAUAUAUAUAAUAUAUAUAUAUGUUAAAGGUAGAAAAUCCACCGAGUGGUCAGUUACAUAUUUAACGUAGAUCAAUAGUUGUGUGUUAAGAUCUUACAAUGGGAACAACUUACAGCCAUGAAAAACAAAAAGAAUGGAUACAUAUAAACAGAGUGUCACGCCAAGAACAAUAUGAUUGGUUCAAAACAUUAAGGGAUGCAACAGAUGACGAUGUUAUACAAAUUAUGAAAUCAUCUCCACAAAUGAUUACUACUGUUAUGUUUUUCGAUAUAUAUGUAAAAAAUGACAAGCCUUGUGAUUGUUCAUUUGAGUUAGAAAACUGCGUUUUACCAAAGAACAGUGAACCGCAUGACAAUAUCAAACAUCGUCUGGAAAAAUCUGUGGCUACGGGUGUUUGUCCGCACAUACUUUUGGAAGAAAACAAACCAGAUAUAAACGUUCUUGAAGUAUCAGACGAAGAAUUAGAUGCAGCAUUCUAUAAUUAUUCGACAGAUUGUAUGGACAAUACACCGACAUCAAACCGACAAGGCUUUGGGUAUGGAUUUUAUUGGAUACAUCUUGCAGUGAUAUAUAAAAGGACAAAAGUUAUUCGAGAUAUGCUUCCAGUGCUAGCAGAAUACGUUUUCCCGUCAUUUGUAUGGUAUACUCUACAAAAUGGAUUUUCUCCCUUAUAUCUUGCUCUUCUGUCAGAAGACGAAGAAAUAUCUUCAUUACUAAGCAAAUACAAUCCAAAAUUUCUACAAGAUAAACUUCGACAAAAGUUCUUCCACAUAAACCCCAUACAAUGUAAUACUGUACCGAUGAUAUUCAGAAUUGCUAGUUUAGAUAAAGUUGCAGCAUUACAAACAUUCAUCAAUAUUGAUCGUACAAAAAACCGUCAAUUAUUAAAAGCAGCACUCAAAGGGGCAUUUUCUACUCAUGCAACGUCAUGUAUUUUGUUUUUAAUGGAGAAAGGAGUCAAACUUGAUUCUGCCACUUUAAAAGCAGAGAUAAACAGCGCUGUGUUUCGAGGUGAUGCUGAGACGCUAGACGUCUUGCUAAAGUAUCACAAGUUCAAAGUUACGUCGCUUCAGGUGAAGUUAGCCGUGAAAAAAGGUAAAAUUGAUGUUAUUAAAACUAUACUCGAUUACUUACCGCGACUUCAUCCAAAUUCCAGAGAUUACAAAGAAUAUUCAGAAUGUAUUAUAGACGCAGUACUGAAUAAUUCCAGUCCAAUAUUACAGUUACUUAUACAGAAAAAUUUUGAUGUGAACGCAUGUUUAAAAAACCUUAGUGCUUUAAAAUGGGCUGAGAUUUUCGAAUAUAAAGAUAUAGAACAUCUCCUUACUGAAUCUGGUUCCCACAGCUUUUUGGAAAAUCAGUCGGAAACCAUCAGCAUUUUUAAUUCGGUUUUAAAUAUUAAUCAGCGUAAUGAUCAUAUGAUCCGACGAUUACUAGAAAUUGGACGUGACGUGAAUGACGCCAGUGAUGGAACACCUCCUUUUUACACAACAAUGCGACUGCGUCGAUACGAUUUAAUGCACGAAAUUUUGUUAUGCGGUGCCGACCCUUAUUUGCAACCUGAAACUUGGAAGUAUUUCUUGAUAAGACAGGAGACGGCAGAAAAUUGGAAGUUAAUGUUACAUGUAUUUGUUAGAGCAAACGCUAAUUUAAGCAUUGACACUAAAAUGACUCUUAUACAGUAUAUCUGUGAUCGGGGCGCUAGUCACUUGUUCAGAAAUGAUGACCUUAUUCUCAUUAUAGUAUUGAGUGCUCAUACCAUAACCGAAAACGACAAAAUUCUAUUGAGGGAAAAUCGACAUAAAUGGAGCGAUAAUUUAAAGUCUAAAAUAGAUGAUUACUUCCAGAAACCUUUAACAUUGAAAAUAAUGUGUAGAAAUUCGAUUAGGAAACAAUUCGGACAGAAUCUUCAUAGAUUUAUACAAAUAAAUAGAGAUAAUUUACCGACAAAAUUUGUUAGCUUUUUAGAAUGUAGUGAUGUGCUGGAACUAUUUUUUACAGAUCAUGACAGAAAAAAAUUUGAUACACAGUGAACAUUAAAUAAAUUUGAAAAUUAUAGAGUUGAUUGAUAAAGUAUAUAAUAUGUAAAGUGUGUCUAUCUUGAAUAGUAGGCGAUAACCAUUAAUACAAUUUUCUAUAUA